AUGCUGGAGAAGGACAAUCGAGGGUUCUAUUUGCCGAAAAAUCGACUGGAGAUGGAGGUGGGUCGUCGACUGGUGGGGGUAACUCAUUGGGAACGAAGGGAAACUAGAAAGGAUCGAAUAUGUCUAAUAAAGCAAAUGAGCUUAAUGGGACUAAUGGGUCGAGUGGAUCCGGGUCUGGAGCGUCACAUGGGUCAGGCGGGCCCAAAGGGAAUAAUAGGGUUUCUCAAAGCAAUCGGCCCAAUAAACUGUCCAAUUCUAAUUCUGAUUGCAAAAAUUGUAAUUGUUGUUGUGGCAAGAAUCGGAAAAAUAGGGAAAAAGAUCGAUCUAAGAUGCUCGGAAAAACAAAGGAGGCUCCGGCGAGAGAGACGGGAGGUUUUCAAAGGGUGGUUGCCCCUCUCUUGCCACCUCAUAAUCGGAUCUGAUCCGAUCAUGUUGAGCCGUUAUCCGGGCAUCAUUAAUCGGGCACAGGGUGAAACUCGGCCCGUAUCUUGGCGGGGCAACCCGGAUGGCAUGUUUAAUUAAGGAAAGAAAUGCUUACGUGCAACCGGUGUUGCAGCCAUGGCGGUGUUCGACCCCUUUGUUUGACUUCAACUUACAGAUCUGAGCCUAAUUCUCUUCACAUGAUUUCUCAAAUGCUUUAAUUUUGUAAUUCAUUAUGUUUUAAAUUACGCCUUUUCAAUAAAAUUUUAUUUUGCAUACAUCUUGAAAGAUUAAAGUGCAUGCAACACUAUAUCAUCUAUAUUUAUACAUGCAUUUUAACAGUCAGUUUUUAGGGGUUUACUUUGUAUGAUAUAAAUAAAGUUGAAAAAUACAAAUUUAUAGUAAAAGUUGUAAAAAUGGUUAUGAAGUUGAUAAUAGUUAAGAUAGUUUGAUAACAUGUGAGGAAAUGUUUUUUUUUUUUUUUUUUGCAC